AUGGCUUCGGAAGCAACACCCAUAUCACCCGCCCGCUUCGCCGAGGCGCUGAAGGAGCUGCCGGCCAGCAGCCUCGCGCUCAAGGUACUGGAGCUACGCAACUCGAUCGCGCACCUCGACUACUCCAACGCCGAGCUCAAGCCCUACGCCGAGGGCCGCGCCUCGGCCGUCGACUCGGCCGCCGCCCCGGACCAGCCUGACCAGGACUGCGUCGACGCCAUCCGCGAGAACGAGCUGGUCAUCGAGCGCAUGCAGGAGCGCAUCGCCCUCAUCAAGGCCGAGGUCGAGGGCCGGGGCCUGAGCUGGGCCGAGUUCCAGGGCAAGCCGGACGACGAAGAGAUGAAGGAGGAGCCCGAGACCGUGGCGCCGCCCGCGCCGACCAACGGAGUCAAUGGACAUGCAUCAAUCACCGCCGCGGAGAGCAGGCAGCACCCCGCAUGGUCGGACGGCACGUUCACGACAGGCACGAUACGCGGCGGCUUGAGUGACGAUGAGCUGAGGCAGCAGCUGGAGGCUCGCAUGCGGGAGAUGGAGGGCGACGAUGACGAGGGCGGUAUGCAUUUGUAA